AUGCAACAAUUUUUUUUACAAGACAACAUUUUUUCGAUGGAUCAACUAUGGUCCCCUUGGAACGAGCUGUCAAGUAGGAGCUUUUCUGAAAAUGAAGCUUAGAUUGCUGAUAUUAUUGUUUACAGCGAUAAAGCUUAUUUUUCUGAGUACAAUGACCCUUUGUACGAGCACAAAGAGUUUAAAAUGGAUUUUUAAAUCAAUUUUGAAAAAUUAACCUCGCGGUCCUUCUUGACAGAAAAGCUCCUACUUGACAGCUCGUUCCAAGGGGACCAUAGUUGAUCCAUCGGAAAAAUGUUGUCUUGUCAAAAAAAAAAUUUGCAUUAAAAUGAAAAAAAGUGAUCAGAAAUGGUUUUUAAUCGAGUUUUUUACCGUUGUACAUAAAAAUUGACAUAGGGCUUUAGUACCCAAUUGUUAGGGUAUUUUAUUGAACUGGAGUUGCCAGGAUAAUUUAAUGGCAUUCAAAAAUAACCAUACACAAUAAAACGUCUGCAUGAAAAGAUCAACAUUAUUUCGUUCACUAAAACCUCUAGACUGCACUGACUAAAUAAAAAAAAUACAAUCGUUUCAAUUUCACAGCAUGUAAAAAACAAAACUAUCAAAUGUAUUCGAUAUAAAAGAGCAAGUGUUGUGAACCAGUGCAAACUACAUUCGCAAGGUAGUCAACCCCCGGCAAGAUUAAAAUACAUACACACUAACAGUAGAGAAGCACGUGUACAUCGGGUGCAAAAAAUAUGAAAGCCAAAGACUGCUGUUAGGCUAAGCAAUGUUAAUUACUGUCUAGUUAGCGCCAAGAACAGCUUGAUCGUACUGAGCUAAUCGAUUUAGAAUUUGCUGCACCAGGUACUUCCACCUUAGAUGCUGCGUAUUCCGAUCAAUUGUGAUCAAGCCUUUAUCCGGUCAAGUUGACUAUUCGCGCGCACUUGGUCGUAACUAUGUUACGCGCGAUAUCGGUUCUUCAUAAGUCGUUAAAUCCUGUUACUCCGUUGAAGCAAAGAACUUUUAGCGUUCAAAACAUGAUCAAAUCACCUCAAACUGUGGAAGUUCGCAUCCCUGUGCCCUGUGGAACGAUCGCGGCCAAAUGGUGGGGACCAAAGGACGUUCGACCGAUUGUGUCCGUCCACGGCUGGCAAGAUAAUUCCGGAACCUUCGAUCGACUGAUCCCGUUGCUACCCGAUCACAUGAGCUUCCUCGCGAUCGAUCUCCCUGGACAUGGACUGUCAUCAAGAUAUCCGGCCGGAAUCGCUUAUCACACGGUGGAUAAUGUGCACUUGUUGGAAAGUAUUCGACAACGGUACAAUUGGGAUCAGAUAUCGCUGCUGGGCCAUUCUCGAGGAGCGGUCAUCAACUAUGCAUACUCGGCAUUCUUCCCGGAUAAGGUCAACCUGAAUGUGGCUAUUGAUCCUAUAAAACCCUUCAUUGGUCAACCGGCGGAAGUGGCGACAAGGAUGGCUAUGCGGAUCCCGAAAUUUUUGAAAGCUGAUGCCUACAAUGCCCAGAGUACGGAACCUCCAAGCCAUACCUAUGAGGCAUUAAUCGAUCAUCUUCACAUCGGAACGGGCAAAUCGGUCUCCAAAGAAGCCGCUCCAUAUCUGCUUAAACGAAACAUGGCAGAAUCGAAACUACAUCCGGGAAAGUACUACUUCACGCGAGACAACCGCCUUAAGCACCUCUUCCAAGUCGGUCUGGGAUGGAGUCCGGAAGUUUGUCUCGAACUGGCCAAGCGCCUCACGAUGCCGCAUUUGUGCUUCAAGAUGAACCGCUCGGACGAUUGGAUUUACUAUGGAGAAGAAUUUUACCGGGAAUAUUUCAAAGUAGUCGGAAGUCGUAAUGCAGACUUUGAGGGACACUUUCUGGACGGAUCACAUCAUGUGCACCUCAGCGAACCGGAAAAGGUGGCACCGAUGAUUGGACGGUUUUUGGACAAGCACUGGAAGAAGCUGCCGACUAGCGAGAUCGUAGGAGAGAAUUCUAAGGAAAUUGUAAUACCAGCUUUUAUAUAAAAAAGUUUGUUUUGAUGAGUUUUUUUUAAUACUUUUUGAAUAAAAUAAAGCUCUAACGUAAGAUAUAUUUUUUUGAUAUCAAUUAACAACACUAUGCAAACCCCUAUAACUUACCCACCACUAUUUCAUCAAAU